GUAGAUGUAUAUUAAUAGACGCAUAGACCUGUAUUGUAACCGUUUUUUCAUUCCCACGUUAUAAACAUCUGUCAUUUUGCCAAAUAUUUUGUCAUCGUCUGCGUUGAAAUAUUUACGGUAUUGUUUGAUUCAUGACGGUUGUUGCUGCUAGAUGGGUGUGUCACCGUUUUGCCGUGUCAACUUAGUUUGUUUUCCUUAAGGAUCACUGCAAGAUUUUUAAAGAAUUGAUGCUCUGUGUCGGUCAAUGAAGGGCCUUUUCAAAGCUAAAACGGUUGUACUUUCCCUGCAAACGAACCUACCAGUCAGGCUAUACUAGUCUGGGUGUACCAGCCCAAAAAGACACGUGUGUUAAGAGGAUGCCUCUUUCAAAGAGAAUAUUUGGUCAUAUUUCUUUCGAAUACCAAGUUACACACAGACACACACAUAGAUUUUAAAAAGUGCGUGCUUUAAAAGUGAAGUGAUGGUGUGAGCAAGUGCAGUGUGAGCAAGGCAAUCUGUCAGCAGCACAGAAUUUGUGGAAUCCAAUAACAAUGUGGCCCACAAGGAGUGGAAGGCUGACUGAGAUGACAAGCUGGGGUGGGAACGAGUCGAGCCAGAGCUGCAGAGUCAAAGUCGAGCCAGAGAAAUGUGUCGAGGUGCACUGGAGGAGAGUUUGGCCGUGUAUCGUGGCUGUCUUUUUGGAUUUCUUUUGAAGGUCAACAUGAGCUAUGGAAGAAGAAGUCGGAUGUUUUCCCGAUGGACCGUUUGCCAGCAUGGGGGUACUUAAUGGCACUGGGCAAGACUGAUGACAAGACACUAGUCGCUGAUAUAACUUGUUGAGAGUUUGCCAUCAAUCAUAGAGGCUGCAGUCAUGCCGGGCUCCCAGGAGGCCAGCCUGGAUGAGAAUGCGGUCUUCCUGGCGGUCGACCCGUCCUCCCCAAAGUUUAUAUACUCUGAGGUGGAGCGCCAGUCGCUGGAGAAGCUCCUUAAUGAAGGUCCGAAAGCCUUCUACAGCUCCGCCGGCGCCAAGCUCUUCUGCUCCUUCCUGUCUCCUGAUGAGGUCGGCAAGCUCACCGGCUGGGUUCAGGACUUUCAUUUUCAACCACUCCUUACGGAGGAGAAUGGAGAGAAGAUAGAAGAUAACGUGGACCUCACAUCUUCCUACUUCCCCUCCCACUCGGACGCACCAGCUCCGGGUUUGGACCUAGGCUGGCCCGAGGCGCCUUGGGUGCGCAUGGAAAACGUGGCGGUCUACACAAAUCCUCCGGAAGAGGGAGAACCUCACAUUAGAGAGGUCAUCAGACAACAUCUGCAGAGGGCCAGCCAAGUAAUUGCCAUCGUGACAGACAAGCUGACAGAUGCUACUAUAAUUGGGGAUUUACACAACGCAGCCUCAAGGGGUGUGCCGGUUUACAUCAUCCUCAACCAAAGGACGAUUGAGGAAAAGUACACACUUCAGAGGCUGGGACAUCCGAACAUUCGGGUUCGUCUUCUUGGAGGUAAAAGCUUCUGUUCCAGCAAGGGAAAAAUGGUGGUGGGAGAGUUAAAAGACAAGUUUCUUCUGGUGGACUUGGUCACAGUUCUUCAUGGUAGCUGCAGCCUCACAUGGACUGAUGCUCAUUUACACCGACAGCUCAUCACCGUGGUCUGCGGCUCCGCCGUCGACGCUUUUGACAAAGAGUUCAGGACUCUAUUUGCUGCCUCCGUCUCUGUCGCUAACCCUUGGGAGUUUGCUGUUCCUAGCUUGGGAGUGCCUCAGCAACGAGUGGACUUCUCAGACCCAAGUCCCCCGAGACACUUCCAGUUCAAACACGAGAUCCUCAACCCUCCUUCGCCGCCAAUGGACACCCCCCUGGACUGGGAAGCCAUGGGCUUCUUCCCCAGAGAAAGCUUGCCGGACAGCCCCCUUCAGGAGGAAGAGGGACUCGUGGCAAAGGAAGCAGCCUUGCAGACGGACCUGCAGUUGGACAAAAAUAUACCUGUUGCGGACACUUUUAUUCACAAUGGAUACAGGCCACUGACGGAAAAAAGGAUGCAUGAAAGCGCUCCAGUGACAAACACUAUGGCCAACAACACAAAGGCUGUCAACUGGACAGACCGUCAGAUAGAACAACCCGUAUCGCAGCAAUUCUCCAAAGAGAAGUUCAACAACAUGGACAACCGAUCAUCGUUGAGGCUUCAAGACAAAGACGGCGACUUGAGGCGAAAUCCGUUAUUUUCCUCUCUAAACUAUAAGCGGCGCUCACGGUGGGAGCCCAACUUCAUAGAGGACAACUUGGACGACGACGACAUCAGCUCCAGCAUUAUGAACACAGCCUCUUCCAGAAAACCCUUAAUCCUGAGGGUGCCCCAGUCUGAGAGUUUCAACUCCAUGAAUGACCUCGUGAGGCGCUUUAAGCCUCAACACAACAAAGCGGAACCCUUCAGAAGAGGAUCCUCGGCCACCAUGUCUGAAAUGACCCAGUCCAUGAUGGAGCUCCGUGCGGACGCAAACAGCACAGACCGAGCUCAGGAUGACAGACGAUUUUCAGUACCGAGGCUUAAGGUCAACUGUUUCGACCCGGACCAGAUGACGCCGGGAUUAAUGCUGAUGCAGAGGCGGAACGAUGUUGUGAAAACCGCCUUAAAAAGAAUCCCGCAGACCUUACAGUCCAGAGAAAGACCUCGCAGCUUUGCCCUGGAUUCGAAAUGGAUGUCUCUGAGGGAGAGGAAGAACGAGGAGGAGGCAUGAGCAGCAGAGAAACUGUGUAGAAAAACUCUUACUUCUGUAGUGUUGAACACCCAAACCAGCAAAAACAGGCUGGGACUACAAUAAAAUGGGUGUCUACUGUUAGUAUGGUGACCUCGAUCUUCAAACUCAUUAACAUUGACAGUAGAGGUGGGCGAUACUACAAACUAUGGUAUCUAUCCCAUACCAACUAAAUAUAGAGGCAGUAUCUCUGAUACCGAUACUUUUUACUUGGACAUUUUUCAAGA